UAAUUGUAAUAUCUAUAAAAUCGGGGGAAAUGGAAAACAAAGGCUCUAUUGAAGGCUGUGAAAGAUAUGUCACUAUGAUGAUCAUCUACUCGUGAUUUGGGUUGCUCAUUCUCUUGUUCCAACUUUGGUAUUCAGUCAAGUUCUUCAAAAUAUAUAGAUUUAAACAUAAAUUGACAAGUAUUUUUAUGGUAUUUCUGACUUUAUCUAUUAUCUGAGACAUCAUCUAUGGGGUCUCUCAAGUGUGGCUCAGACAUGUAGAUUCUUGAAAUGGCAAUGCACAUAGUUGUGCUGAUUAUUGGACUGAUUGGAUAAAUUACUUUAUGUACAUGAGCACGAUCAUAGUCCUUUCGUUCACUUAUAUUUCGCAAAUAUUGAGAUUUAAGAACAGAGGAAGAAGCAAGAAGCGUAUUUAUAACAUAAUUUUAUGGACUUCCAUGCUUGCUAUUCUUCUAAUAUGAGCUAUUAUAUUUAUUGCAGAUGGCAUACAUGAAUGUGCCAAAUCUGAUCCUCCUGUAUUGUUCACAAUCGGGAUCCAAAUUGCAACUGGAAUUUAUAUGCUAACUGGCAUCUUCUUCAUGGUGACUUUGCUCUAUUUCUACAGAGUUCUUAAAAGAGUAGACACUGACACCAACACCAAUGGUGUAAGACUUUAUAAAUAAACUUAAAUGCAGACUAUUUGUUAGUAUCACAGUCAUUUUUGUUGUCUUUGAAAUCAGAAGUGGUAUGAUAUUGGCGAGAAGCUUCUAUGAUUUCCUCGCAUCUUGGAAAGAAGACUCAAUGAAAGACAAUGAUCUUAGAUAUGUCAUUUAUAUCUUCUGAUAUUAUUGCUUACUCAGUUUGGUCCCUGCAAUAGUUCAAAUUUACUUGAUAAAACUGAGUCUAUCUUCGACUCCAAGAAUAAGUAUUAGGCUUGGACAAGAUUACUUCCAGUCGCAACCUUUACUCUCUGGCAACUUUGAAGUAUCUCGAAGUUUGACAAGUGAGUCACGCCAAAGUGUCAAUAUUAUGGAGCUUGACCAUAAUACCUCUUAAGUUUGGAACAGUUUUCAAUAUUGGUGACA